AUGACAAUCGAUAGCAGCAAAUUGGAUGUGAUCAGAUUGCGUUUACUCAACGACGACAACCUCGCUGAUCAAUACAGAGCGCUAUUCACCUUGAAAUCUAUCGGUCAACAAGGCGAUAACAGGGCGAUUGACGUUAUAUACGAAGCAUUACAGAAGUCCAAUUCAGCGCUGCUUAAGCAUGAGCUGGCUUAUGUACUCGGACAGAUAAACGACACCUACGCACUUCCUCUCCUUAACGACAUUCUCCAAGACACCGAGCAGGACGUUAUGGUUAGGCAUGAAGCUGCUGAAUCUUUGGGUGCUAUAUCUUCCCUCAGUUCUCUCGAUAUUCUUAGCAAAUACGCAAAUAUGCCUGACAUUGACAUCAGCAUCAGAGAGACUUGCGACAUUUCCAUCAAAAAAAUUCAAUUCGAUCACCGCGACGGCAAAACUGCCGAUGGCGACAACGAGCAGAAUAAAAUACCGGUUAUAGAUCCAGCUCCUGCCACUAAAUCGACAGACGUUACCGCCAACAAUGUCGAAAUUUUGCGCGAGUCUUACCUCAACGAUCAACUCCCCCUAUUUGAAAGGUAUCGAGCUAUGUUCGGCUUGAGAAAUAUAGUACUCAAUAGCAAUUCUAAUCAGUCUAUUCAUAACGCUGCUCUCAACAGCAUAGCAGAUGGUUUCGCCGAUAAGUCGGUCCUUUUCAGACAUGAAGUCGCCUAUGUGUUCGGUCAGAUCGACUCUCCAGCUGCGAUACCCGCUCUGCUUAAAGUCCUCUACGAUGACAAAGAGCAUGAAAUGGUAAGACAUGAGGCUGCUGAAACUCUCGGCGGUCUCGGUGCCGAUAGUGCUGAUGCAAAGAAUGCUUUGCUCGACUUUGCCAAGAGUAUAGACGCCCCUAAGGUGAUUAGAGAUAGUUGCAUCGUCGCACUCGACAUGUUGGCGCAUGAGCAGAGCGGUGCUUUCGAAUACGCGGAUGGAAUUGAGAAGGCAUAG